AUGAGCGCUCCCAUUCCUCAAACGCUCUGGAAUGCCCGCAUCCCGCUUCACAUCACCCAUCCGUCAUCCCCCACCAGCCCUUUCAUCGUCAGCGUGCCGCGCUUCAGCUACUUGGCGCUGCUGCUACCCCGUCUCUCGGCUUUCUUCAGCACGCCCUGCUCAAGCUUCCACUUCGAGGACGUGCAGCUGAGGAACCUGGCCGUCGGCCUGCUAGUAGACCUCUAUCAGCCCCAUCUCCCCUGGAGACUCACCGUUAACGACGGCGUCGGCUGGGAUAUCGGGGAUACCUUCAUCAACUCUGUCAAAGAGGCAAGUCUCCCCGGAAACCCCUUCCAAGCUGACUUCAUCCGCAAUGGCAACGCCAACCAGAUCAUGAAGAUGUCCAAGGACCACACCACCCAGCUGUGGAACUCGGUCGUCGACAACGACUAUGCCACCUUCAGCCGCAUCAACUCCCGGCUCCUCAACGCGCCCACCGCGCUGAGGAACGUCCCCGUGCGCAUCUACAUCCCCUCGUCGCCCAUGUCGUCGUCCUCCGCGCCAUCAGAGGCCGCCGCAGGCUCCUUCAAGGUCGUCCAGGCCCUCGUCCCCGCCGCGGGGCCGGACCGCAAGCCCCAACUCCUGGGGCAGGCGCUCAAGAAGCUGAUGCCGAUGCUGUUCCCCAGCACCCGGGAUCCGAUCCUGGCCGGUUUGAUUCUUCAUGGGGCUCCCGUGCCGUUCCAGGCGCCGCUGGAGAGCUUGAUGAGGGAGGCGGCGUAUCCAGAUGGCUGGCUUUGUCUUGUUGUUGUGGUUUGA